AGAUUAAAUUCUUAGUCCCUUUUUGGGGAUGUCUUUCUCAAUUUGAAUUUACUGUCUAUAUCCAUUUUCCCCACAGAAGGUUGUAUAGAAUCUUAUGUUAAUUUGUUUUCGUCUUUUUUGUAUUUACCCUUUUCUUAAACAGAAAAUUGAAACGAGUCAGUGGUUGAAAUAAUGAAUUUGAUCUUUUUGAGUUAAAAUGUACGUAUCAAUGCAACGAAUACUUUAUAAGGACAAAUCAAAUUGUUCAGACAUUCAGAGCUAUGAUUUGUUUCCCUAUGAAAGCAGAAGAUUUUGUCUUUGCGGAGCAGAAAUAGAUGGGCUCAAACUAUCUGCGGUUGCUUUCUUACACUAAGCAAUUGAGCUUUUAUGCCAACCAUGGCAACCACGAGCAGGCUCUUUCCCUUUUCCACCACAUGCAAACCUCACUAGCCCUUGAUUUAGACGCCCACGUCUUCUCUCUCGUUCUCAAGUCCUGUACCGCCAUCCGACGAUCCUAUUUGGGCACCGCCAUCCAUGCCCACUCUGUUAAAUCAUCCCUGCUUUCAAGCCCAUUUGUUGCCUGCGCCCUAGUUGACAUGUAUGGAAAAUCCUUGUCCAUUUCACUUGCACGUAAGCUGUUCGAUGAAAUUCCCCAUAGAUCUGUCGUCGUAUGGAAUGCCAUGUUAUCACUCUACGCGCACUCAAACAUGUUAUUUGAUGCUUUGCGGUUGUUUGAAGCUAUCGAUGUGCCACCAAAUACUUCAUCCUUCAAUCCUAUAAUUGCAGGGUUGUCGAAACUCGAAGAUGGAUUCAAGGCCAUUGCUUUCUAUCGGCAAAUGCAACAAUACGGGUUGAAGCCUAAUUUAAUUACCCUUCUUGCUUUGUUACCUACAAGUGUUGGAGUUGCGUCUUUGGACUUGAUUAAACAAAUUCAUGGUUUUGCCAUGAGAAGUGAUAUGGGUUGUAAUCCCCAGUUAAGCUGUGGCCUUGUGGAGGCCUAUGGACGAUGUGGAUGUCUCUCUUAUGCACACAAUGUGUUCGAUAAUAUGACGGAAAGAGAUGUAGUUGCAUGGAGCAGUUUAAUAUCAGCACACGCUCUUCAUGGGGAAGCCAGAACUGCUUUAAACAUCUUUCAACAAAUGGAAUUGGGAAAAGUGCAGCCCGAUGAGAUUACAUUUAUAGGGGUGUUGAAGGCUUGUAGUCAUGUGGGGUUAGCUGAUGAAGCAUUGGAUUAUUUUAGUCGUAUGCAGAGAGAUUAUGGUCUACAAGCAAACAGUGACCAUUAUUCUUGUUUAGUAGAUGUAUUGAGCAGAGCAGGGAGAUUAUACGAGGCAUAUGGCAUUAUUCGUGAGAUGCCAGUAAGGGCGACGGCUAAAGCUUGGGGGGCUCUUCUUGGGGCUUGUCGAAUUUAUGGAGACUUAGAGCUGGCGGAGAUUGCAGGGAAGGCUUUGUUUGAAAUAGAGCCUGAAAAUGCUGCCAAUUACGUGCUGUUGGCUAAAAUGUAUGCAAGUGUAGGGAGGCAUGAGGAGGCUCAAAGAAUGAGAAGGGAAAUGAAAAAGAGGAGAGUUAAGGUAGUACCUGGAAGUAGCUGGGUUGUUUAUCAGGAUUGAUUGAACUGAAGUGGAUAUUUGUUGAUUGUUUUGAAAUGGCCAAGACUGAAUUGAUCACGUCGAAA